UAAUGGAUGGUCGAAGCGUUGUUGUCAUUUUUAAUCAGCCACUGCCGCCAUUCACUGCCACCGUGUUUAUUAUUUCGCGAACAGAAUAGGAGGUGACCUUGUCAUGCGUAUCGGUAUCCCUAUAGCGGCAGAACAUGUGCACAAGACUCCCUUAGAUGGCGGCCAGAUCCAGGAAACAUGACGACCACCACCCCGACACCGACGACUGGGGCAUGUAUCCUCUCCCGUACUCCCAUCCUCCGGACUCAUCAUUAUCACCAUCCAAUACCAUCGGCUUCUAUCUCCGGAAAUACCGCGCUGCUAUCCUCACCGUAACCAUCAUCCUCCUCUUCUUCUUCUACCGGCGAAGCAGCGGCGAUGUACAUGCCGAACUCCCACCGCCACCACCCGCGCCGCCCGUUACGAACGACUGGUCGCGCUUCGCAUACGUGCAAUACGCCACCGACGUCCACAGCCUGUGCAACGCCUACAUGGUCUUCGAAUCACUGCACAGACUCGGCAGCAAAGCGGAGCGCGUCCUCCUAUUCCCCAAGGAAUGGAACGCGGAAACGGAAGACGAAGCCGACCGCAGCAGCCAGCUGCUCGCGCGCGCAAACCGUCUCUACAACGUGCGUCUCUACCCCAUGGAAGUCCUCGGGCUCGACGGCGUGGUGCCGCCCGGAACACUAGAGGAACCGUCGAGUUGGGAGACGGGCGUGACCAAGUUCCGCGCCUUUGAACUCGACGACUUCGAUCGCGUGCUCUACUUCGACAGCGACAUCCUGCUGCGCCAGCAUGUAGAUGAACUCUUCCUCCUCCCCAGCGCGCCCAUCGCAAUGCUCCGCCGCUACUGGUCCGACGUGCACCACACCGAAUGGCCUUUGUCCGGCGCGAUGAUGCUCAUCGAGCCCAACUCAGCCGAACUCGACGGCCUCUGGGAGCGCCUGCAAGACUGGCGCCUAGUACCCGAGCGCGCCGACGACAAAACGUACGACGACGACCUGCUCGACGACCGCUUCCGCUCCUCGGCCCUCGUGCUCCCGCACCGGCCCUACUUCCUGCAGACCUUCGAGUUCCGCAAGCGCAGCCACGAAGCGUAUCUCGGCUCCUUCCACGGGCCCGUCGACCUCGCGAAAUGGGAUGCGCACGCCGAGUUGGAGAAGGCGAAGAUUGUGCACUUCAAUGACUGGCCUCUGCCCAAGCCGUGGAUCAUGUGGCCGAGUGAGGGACUCGAGGAGCUGCAACCUGACUGCCCUCGAAACGUGGAAACCUGCCCGAAUCGCGAUGUGUGGCUAGGCUUGUACGAAGAGUUUAGAAGUCGAAGAGAAAAUCUCUGCAGGAUCAUGAGUGUGCCGGCCCAUGAGGAUUGGCGGGAAUGGAAGAAGUUGGUCGGGGCCUUGUAAAUAGACUAUAGCGAUCUUAAUGCGACGUCGUAAAGUAAAGA